GCCAGAACUGAGUGGAGACUUUAAGAAGCCAGCCCUGCCGGCGACCCCAGCAGUGCGGAGUAAGGCUCCAAACCCUGAGGAGGUGAAGAAGGAAUGGCCCACGGAGCCGCGGGACUCUGACUCUACGGAGCCCGACGUUCCGCCUAGGCGGGACAGCGGAGAGACUAGGAGUGGAGAGACUAGGAGUGUCCAGGAAGAGCAGCUGCGUCCCCCCACCGCGGUUUCCUACCCUGGUGGCCCGGCUCGAGCUCUGCGGUACAGAGAGCCGCCGUGGGGCAGCCCAGCCAUGGCCCCCUAUAGCCUAGAGACCCUGAAGGGCGGCACCAUCCUGGGCACCCGUAGCUUAAAAGGGACAAGUUGCUACCUUUUGGGGAGGCUGUCUAGCUGCGACAUGUGCCUGGAGCACCCUUCGGUGUCUCGGUACCACGCGGUGCUCCAACACAGGGCGUCCGACCCGGACGGAGAAUGCGACGGCCAAGAGCAGGGCUUCUACCUCUACGACCUGGGAAGUACCCAUGGCACGUUCCUCAACAAAACUCGAAUCCCUCCCCGCACCUAUUGUCGAGUCCAUGUCGGGCACGUUUUCCGCUUUGGUGGUAGCACCCGGCUCUUUAUCCUGCAGGGACCAGAAGAAGACCGAGAGGCAGAAUACGAGUUAACAGUAACACAGUUGAAGGAACUGCGCAAGCAGCAACAGAUGUUGUUGGAGAAGAAGAUGCUAGGAGAAGAUUCAGAUGAAGAAGAGGAAAUGGAUAACACUGAAAGGAAGAGGAAUACUAGUAACCAAGAUGAUGAUAUGGGUUGUACCUGGGGAAUGGGAGAAGAUGCUGUAGAGGAUGAUGCAGAAGAGAAUCCCAUUGUCUUAGAGUUUCAGCAGGAAAGGGAAGCCUUUUAUAUAAAGGACCCAAAAAAGGCUCUCCAAGGUUUCUUUGACCGAGAAGGAGAAGAACUAGAAUAUGAAUUUUAUGAACAGGGACAUAGCACUUGGCUCUGCAGGGUGAGAUUACCUGUGGAUGAUUCAACUGGGAAACAGCUGGUGGCUGAGGCCAUUCACUCAGGAAAGAAAAAAGAAGCAAUGAUUCAGUGCUCACUGGAAGCUUGCCGGAUCCUUGAUACUUUGGGAUUGCUGCGGCAGGAAGCAGUAUCUCGGAAAAGGAAAGCCAAGAACUGGGAAGAUGAAUAUUUUUAUGAUAGUGAUGAUGACACAUUCCUUGAUCGCACUGGCCUUGUGGAGAAGAAGCAUCUUAACCGAAUGAAGAAGGCUGGGAAGAUUGAUGAGAAGCCAGAGACCUUUGAAUCACUGGUUGCAAAGUUAAAUGAUGCUGAAAGGGAACUCUCUGAAAUUUCUGAGAGUCUCAAGUCCUCAAGCAAAGCUCUGUCAGAGUCCCCACCUCAGGAUUCUUUAGAUGCAUUCAUGUCAGAAAUGAAAUCAGGGAGUGCAUUAGAUGGUGUGUCCAGGAAGAAACUUCAUCUCAGAACUUUCGAACUGAGGAAAGAACAACAGAGGCUUAAAGGGUUAAUAAAAAUUGUAAAGCCAGCAGAGAUUCCAGAACUAAAAAAGACUGAAAGUCAGACUACAGAUACAGAAAAUAAAGCUAAGAAACUUACACUGCCUCUCUUUGGUGCUAUGAAAGGAGGAAGCAAAUUCAAGUUAAAAACUGGAACAGUAGGGAAAUUUCCCCCCAAGCGUCCAGAACUCCCUCCGGCUCUAAUGAGAAUGAAGGACGAGCCUGAAGUAGAAGAGGAGGAGGAAGAAGAAGAUGAAGAAGAAGAGAAAGAAAAGGGGGAGCACGAAGAGAAAAUGGAGGAUGGAAACAGCAGGUUGCCACAGGAGAUAGAGCCAGAAACUUCAGUGCAGGAAAUGAGUUCUCCCACAGAUCUCACAUGUUCUAAGGAAACAAAAAACCAUGAAAACAUGUCUCAAAUCAGCCACAUGGAACAGAAGAAAAAUUAUCAAGAGAUUAAUGAAACAUCUUCAUCCUGCAAAGAACCAUCAGCACCAAAGAAUGAAUAUGAGAAAAGCAGAGAUGAAUUGAAGAAAAAGAAAGCUCCUGGUCCAGGCAAAUUUCCCCCCACACUUUCUUCUAAAUAUCCCGAAGAUGACCCAGACUACUGUGUGUGGGUUCCACCUGAAGGCCAAAGUGGAGAUGGCAGAACUCAUCUUAAUGACAAGUAUGGCUAUUGAUUACAUCAGAGUCCCAGAGGAAGAUCUUGUGGACUAUGUGACAUAGAGUAUUUGGAAUAAUAUGUGAAGUUGAAUGGCCAGAGAAGUUCAGAUGAUCUUAUGUAAAAUCUGGUGACUGACUUUUUCUUCCAUGCUCUUGGCUUCUUGAAUUUAUCUUGUUAUCCAGU